AGAAGAGGAGCUUUCUCCCAAGAUGAUGGAGGAUUCAGGCAUCCAGCGAGGCAUCUGGGAUGGAGAUGCCAAGGCGGUUCAACAAUGUCUGACAGAUAUUUUUACCAGCGUUUACACUACCUGUGACAUCCCUGAGAACGCUAUAUUCGGUCCCUGCGUCCUGAGCCAUACUUCCCUGUACGACAGCAUAGCUUUCAUAGCUCUCAAGUCCACCGACAAGAGAACAGUCCCUUAUAUCUUCCGGGUAGACACCUCAGCGGCAAAUGGUUCCUCAGAAGGUCUCAUGUGGCUGCGUCUGGUCCAAUCAGCCAGAGAUAAAGAAGAGCAGAAUCUUGAAGCGUAUAUAAAAAACGGACAGCUGUUUUACCGCUCUCUCCGCAGGAUUGCCAAAGACGAGGAGUUACUAGUUUGGUACGGGAAAGAACUGACUGAGUUACUCUUGCUCUGCCCCUCUAGAUCCCACAGCAAAAUGAAUGGGUCGUCCCCUUACACAUGCCUGGAAUGCAGCCAACGUUUCCAGUUUGAGUUCCCCUAUGUCGCGCAUCUGCGAUUCCGCUGCCCCAAGAGACUUCACAGCGCUGAUAUGAGCCCCCAAGACGAGCAAGGCGGCGGCGUGGGCACCAAGGAUCACGGGGGCGGCGGAGGUGGCAAGGACCAGCAGCAGCAGCAACAGGAGGCACCCUUGGGUCCGGGCCCCAAGUUCUGCAAAGCCGGCCCCAUCCACCACUACCCGGUCCCCUCCUCCGAAGGCAGUAACCCGCCCGCGGCUGGCGGCGGCAGCAGCGCCAAGCCAUCCACGAACUUUCACAACCUGGCCCGGGAGCUGGAGAACUCCGGGGGAGGCAGCAGCUGCUCCCCCGUGCGGAGCCUCAGCGGCGGCACCAGCGGCGGCGGCCACCAGGAGGCGGAGCUGAGUCCCGACGGCAACGCCACCGGCGGCAGCAAAGGGAAAAGGAAAUUCCCGGAGGAGGCGGCGGAGGGCGGCGGCGGCGGCCCGGGGCUGGUGGGGGGCCGGGGCCGCUUCGCGGAGCGGCCCCUGCCCGCCUCCAAGGAGGACCUGGUGUGUACGCCGCAGCAGUACCGCGCCUCGGGCAGCUACUUCGGCCUGGAGGAGAACGGCCGCCUCUUCGCGCCGCCCAGCCCCGAGACGGGCGAGGCGAAGCGCAGCGCCUUCGUGGAGGUGAAGAAGGCGGCCCGAGCGGCCGGUCUGCAGGAGGAGGCAGCCGCCGACGGCGGGGGGGCGGGCGGCGGCCAGGGCGCGGCGUCGGACGAGCGCAAAAGCGCCUUCUCGCAGCCGGCGCGCUCCUUCUCGCAGCUGUCGCCGCUGGUGCUGGGCCAGAAGCUGAGCGCGCUCGAGCCGUGCCACCCCGGCGACGGUGUGGGCCCCGCCAGACUUUACCCCGCCGCCAGCGAUCCUCUGGCCGUGAAGCUCCAGGGAGCGGCGGAUCUGAACGGAGGUUGCGGGGCCCUGCCGGGCGGCGGCGGCGGCGGCGGCGGGGGCGGCCUGCCCAAACAGAGCCCCUUUCUCUACGCCACCGCCUUCUGGCCCAAGAGCUCCGCAGCCGCGGCGGCGGCGGCGGCGGCGGCCGCGGGGCCCCUCCAGCUGCAGCUGCCCUCGGCGCUCACGCUGCUGCCGCCCUCCUUCACCUCGCUGUGUCUGCCCGCGCAGAACUGGUGCGCCAAGUGCAAUGCCUCCUUCCGCAUGACCUCCGACCUGGUGUACCACAUGAGGUCGCAUCACAAAAAGGAGUAUGCCAUGGAGCCCUUGGUGAAGCGGCGGCGGGAGGAGAAACUCAAGUGCCCCAUUUGCAACGAGUCCUUCAGGGAGCGCCACCACCUCUCCAGGCACAUGACCUCGCAUAAUUGACACAGAAAGGACCCUAGCUUUCCACGCGCGCGCACGCACAGUCAAGCCACCUGCAGGAAUAAAC